AGCCCCCGAUUGGCUGGCGGCUUCGGCCGCUGAGAGCGAUGGCCUGGCUCCGCCCCCCAGGGCCGUUCCCGUUGGCCGCCGGGGCUGCCCGUUGGAUCUGGCAGUCCGGGACCGCGCAGCGGCCGAGUCGGCGGCGGACCAUCUCUAGGGACUAAGAUGGAUCUUGUACUCAAUGCUGCAGAUUAUUAUUUUUUUACACCAUACAUAUAUCCAGCUACAUGGCCAGAGGAUGAUACCUUCCGACAAACUAUUAGUCUCCUGAUCGUGACAAAUCUUGGUGCUUAUAUCCUGUAUUUCUUCUUUGCAACACUGAACUAUUAUUUUGUCUUUGAUCACUCUUUAACGAAACAUCCACAAUUUUUAAAGAAUCAAGUCUAUCGAGAGAUUACAUACACUAUCCAGUCACUGCCAUGGAUGAGUAUUCCUACUGUCUCAUUGUUCCUGCUAGAGUUGAAAGGUUACAGCAAAUUAUAUGAUGGCAUAGAGUUCCCAGGUGGCUGGUUCCUCCUCAUUAUCAGUGUGCUGUCCUUCCUCUUUUUCACUGACAUGCUGAUCUACUGGAUUCACAGAGGCCUUCAUCAUAAACUUGUUUAUAAGCGCAUACACAAACCUCAUCAUCUCUGGAAGAUCCCUACUCCAUUUGCAAGUCAUGCUUUUCACCCUGUGGAUGGCUUCCUUCAGAGCCUGCCUUACCACAUAUAUCCCUUUAUCUUUCCAUUACACAAGGGGGUUUACUUAGGUUUGUACGUCUUGGUCAACAUCUGGACAAUUUCCAUUCAUGACGGUGAUUUUCGUGUUCCUCAAAUCUUAAGGCCAUUUAUUAAUGGCUCAGCUCAUCACACAGACCACCACAUGUUCUUUGACUAUAACUAUGGGCAGUAUUUCACAUUGUGGGAUAGGAUUGGAGGCUCAUUCAAAAAUCCUUCCUCCUUUGAGGGGAAGGGACCACUUAGUUAUGUGAAGAAGAUGACAGAAGAAGAAUGCAACAGCCUUGCAGAAAACAGUUGUAAAAAUGAAAAGUUUCUCAAUGGAGAGUUUACAAAGAGUGAGUAGAUUAUUGACCAGUUAUUCAAUAUUAUUAAUAAGGAAAAAUAAUCUGUAUACAUUCAGCCAAGAGACAUAGCAAGUAAGUGGUGUCACUUGAAAAUCAGCAUUGUGGGUACCGCUGAGGAAUGAUCAUGAUGGCAGAUCAAGGGGUGCUGCUGCGCACCUCAACCCCAUGCCUAAAAUACUAGGUUUUAGUCUAAGGAACAAAUUGUGUCUUUCUAGCCAGCAGAUCUGUAAUUUGUAUCACCUCAACAAUAAUUUUUGCAAAGAUAGAGAAUAAAUUAUUGAGAGGACUACAAGAGGUUAUGUCCUUCUGCCUUAAUCCACCCAUAUUCAUUAAGAAAAAUUCACUGGGCUUAAUAAUACCAACACUAAAUCACUAACAAAGAGAUACUAAUAUAAAGAUGGCUCCUUGUUUCAGGAAUGCUGAACUCUUUAAGUGUCGGGAUGAUAUGACAAUUUGUGGUAACCUUGUUCAAGUGGAAACAUCAGUGUAAAAAUAAUUCUAAAGAACAUAUUAGAUAUACAAAUGACCUAAUCAAUAGCAGAUGUAAUCAUAUUACCUUCUACACAUAAGAAGCUUAUUCCUUGGGGACAUUGUCAAAUACUACAUUUUUCUGAUGAAUAAAUACAUUUGAAUUUUAAAAACUAUUGAUACUACCAUGAUUUAACCCAGAUCUAGUAUUAUUUAAAGAUUUUGAUGGUUAUUGUUUUAAGCUGUUAUUUAAUAAGUAUAGAGUUAUGUGAAUCUGAAUAUACUUAGGGAAAUUUGAUGCCCAAGUAAUAUAUUUGACACUACUGAUUUUUUAAUUAAAUUGAUGCACUGCACUUUCAAUAUGUUUAAAAGUUACAAUCUUAUAAUUUUCUAUAAAAGGAAAUAACUACCAAAUAUUUAAGCUUAUCACUGAGGAUUAGUUUUGAAACCUCAUUUUCCCAUCUCUCCUUUGACUUUUCCCCACUUCCUCUGCAAAGAGAUUUAACAGAUGCUCUCAUAAAGAAAUGUUGGGUGUUGUAACAGCUAUAUUGGAAAGAUAAGGUUUGCAAAGGCAUUCUAUAAGCUAUUUAUGUGAAAUCAAUAAAAGUUGAUUAUUGCUAUUAUUAAACUGUAUCAGUUAAAUAUUGUAACAGCACAGAGUAUUCUUUAUACUAAUUUUGUGUCAGUUUGAAACCAGAAAUAUGGAUUGUCGAAACUGUUUUAGAAUGUCCCCAAAUGACCGAUGUCGAGAGGAGAGAGAGAGAAAGGGGUAUCACGUUAUUCUGAUGUUUUGGGUGUUUAUUAGAGUUUUGGCAAGAGCCCAAUCAUAAAAUGCGAUGCUCGGGAUCCAGAUGCAAAUGUCUCUUCCUCCUUGAGUUGCUGCUGCAGGGCUGUCUCACUUCCACCUGCUAGUGGGCAGUUCGCGCUCUGUAACUCGUCCGUGCAGCAGCGUGCUUUUCGCUCAUUCCCCACCUCCUGUCCCCAGUACUCCACUUUGCCUGAGAAACAGAAGGAAAGUAAGGAGAAGUAAACUUUGUUUCUGACAAUAGUGGCAGCUAGUAUUGGGCUUUUACUCUUGAUCAGGCACCGUUAGAAGUCCUUGACAUGAGGAAACUGGGACCCAGUUCCACAACUUUUAUUCCAAGGUUAUUCUCUCUCACGUGAGGUCCAGUGUGCUUGGUUCUGGUCCAUGGGCAGCUGUUCACAGUCAUUCUGAGAUUCAAGCUCCUUCUGUCUUGGGGCUCUGCCUCCCUGCCAGUCUGCAGUCUUCUUUGCUGAAGGAACACAUAGGGGAAGAGGGAAAAGUGCACAUGGGAAGUUGUUACGGGUCAAGCCUAGAAGCUCUGCCUGUGUUCCUUUGCCAGAACUCAGUCAUGUGCCCACGUAACUGAAAGCGAUUGUGGGAAGUACGUCUAACUGUGUGUCUUGGACACGGUAACCAGUUUCUUUCUUGAACAGUUGGCCAGGUGGCUGUACCCAUGUAGUUAUUCCCCUCUUCUUGAGGGUCCCAAUAAAGGUAUUAAAGAGAUGAAUGAGCUCAAAAGUAUUUCCGCUUAUCCAUGCACUGGUUGUCUUAGUGUCCUUAACUCUGUAACUCCAGUUAUGAGAGUGGAAGUUUCCUGUAAAUUCUUAUCACUGUGUAGCUAAUAGAAAAGAAAGGACAUAAGUUAUGGAGAGAGGGAAGCUUCCUCAGAGGUGUUAGGAAGAAUCAAACUAGUCUCUGCCCUCCCAUCCUCUUUGUUAAAUUCUACUGGUGUUAAGCAGCAUUAUGUUAAGUAGUCCUAACAUGACUGUGAGUGCUACCACUGUAUCCUCCUGUUCUCCAUUAGAGGAAUUCAGAGAACAUUCAUGGGAAUGAGGACCCAUAUUCCUCCCCUCAGGAAUAUCAAGUGGAAGAUUACCUUGACUUUGAAACCUUUUAUAGUUAGAGGACAUAAAGAGAAAAACACUUUUUGGUAGAAAUUGGGUAACGGAUAGAGGUGAUACAAGAACCAUUUCAAAAACCCUAGAGACUUUUACUGAAUAUUUGUCUCCCUCUUUGCCUCUGUCCUGGUCUAUCUGUCUGAAUGCUGGCUUCCCACUUCUCAUCUCCCUGUAUCCUGUCUCUUUUUCCUACCAUCUUCCAGAAGUCAGGGAUGGAUCUGAGUGCAUUAUGACUUCCGUUUUUGAUAUGUUGAGUUUAUACAGCAAUGAUAUCUGGGAGGAAGGUGGAAAGUAGGGAGACAAAUCCAACAAUAAAAAUUUGAGAUUAACCCAGAUAGAAGAAAAGUUUGAGACCAUGAGAUCGAUUGCCAAGGGGAGCAUGGACAGCUAUCCAAAGAAACAGACCAACUUAAGGGCAAAGGAACUUCUCUCAUCUUUCUACCUUCUUCAAACUCAAAACACUUGACUGGAAGCCUUAUAUCAGCACCUCCUGCUUUCUGUCAUCUAUCAUUGUCAUGGGUCCCCAUUUAUUCUAGACCCCAAAUUCCUCCAAAGUAAAGACCAUGUGUGGGUCAUCAUUGUAUUAAAUCAUGUCUUCUUACAGAACAUGCUUGAGGUUCAAUAAAUACUUUGCUGAAGGAAUUAGUGAAAUGGUGGAAAUGUUAUUCUCUUCAGUGAACAUUUAAUAAUCCUCUAGGCGCCAAACACUGCACUAGGUACAAAUGUUUACUCUGCAGACUCUUAAACUCUGUCUUGAGCCAACAAUUCGCUUCUCACUUACUCAUUAGCUGACAUUUGCUGAGUGCCUCGGGAGAGUCAGAAAGGGAAGUAAAGAGGACUCAAAGAUAGACCCCACAACAAGGAGAGACUAUUUUUUGUUUUCACUCGGUCAUGCCUUCCCCUGGAAGCAAAACCCACCAGUACCCUGGAUUCUGACCACGGAGGAAGCAGCAACGCGAGCAUCGAUUAGAGGGUUGAAUGGAUCUGUGUGGCAUUAUUCCCUAACACUGUGCUCUGAAUACAAAAAAAAAUCCUCAAAACCAUGGAUUGACUACACUAAGAAAUGACAAACCUAGAAGGAUAUUCAGUAACUUCAGAUGGAAGGUAAUUCAUCUCAGGAAUUAGAGAGACUGAGAACUUGAAACUCUUUGGAAUCCUGGCUUUGCCACUUGCAGAUUACAUGACCUUGGUUUCUCCAUCUGUAAAUUGAUGAAAAUACUGCCUACUUAAUAAAAUUAAAUAGGCUAGAAACAUUCAGUUAAAUGCCAGAGAGGCUAUUAUUCAUGUAAAUCGUGUUUAAUGUUCCUUCUUUCUAAGUUCAAUGAUUGUUUUCAUUUCGCCUAAGAAAGGCCCUGCAUAGAAAUCAGUUGUAGGUAGAAAAAAGCCUGGAUACUCUCGCCUUCAAAUUGGAGGGUGAAAGGUGUGAGGUGGGCUAGAGACAAAGGGUACAAAGGAAAAUCAUGUAAGUAAAGCUCAAACUGCUACAUUGUUUACUGUAUAUUUUCUCCAUAAGAGUUGAAAGAUUCUUAAGUUAGUUGUAGCUAAAUAAUUGUAUUUUAAAAGGGCAUUAGUAUAAACAAUAAGGCCAGUCUACAAAAUUUUGAGGGGAAAGUAAAAAACAACUUUCCUGAAAGGUAAAAUAAAUAUAUUAAGAGAAGCAAGAAGUAUUUUGUAAACCAUAUUGUCAACAAGCCUUCCUGUUAAGGCAGGCUUUUGGCAUUGAAAGAAAAAUAUUAAAUACUUGUUUUACUCAAUAUUUGCUUUAUUAAAAUACAUUUGAAACAUAGUUUUUCUUAAAUCUUUAAGUUCAACUUGGAAUGUUGCAACUGAGUAAGAAAGUUGGCAUCUCUGUCUCCAUAUUGUAUCCGUCUCCUUUGCUGCUUAAUCUUUGGGUCAAAAAGCUUUUCAGCUCUGGAGCCCUGCACGUAGGCUGUUCAUCACCAACAGGGAAUUUUGUUCAUGACUUGAUUGAUGCAGCCAGCCCUUUACCUGAAACUCGCCUCCACUGAGUAGAUGAAGAAGUAUGGACAAAAAGAGGUAUGAUGGCUGGGUUGUCAAGGACCUAUGGGAACAUCAUGACCUGAAGCAUGUCAACAAAAUCACUGGCGUCAACCAGCUGAGGACAGGAAUUUCAUAGCCCCCCUCAGACUCUUGCUGACGUCCAGGUGUUUGAGGUCAAUCAUCACCUCCUGUUCUCAACCCCUUCUGCUCCCCCACUCCCUAACAUAAAAGAAGUUUGAAAUUAACCCUGAGUGAAGAUGGUGCUUUGGGACACUGGUCUGCCACCUUCUCAGUCUGCUGGCUUUCCAAAUAAAGUCGCUUCCCUUGUGCCAA